UGUUUCCAGAUGUAUACUUGAAUUGUUCUGCAGAGAAUAAAGGCAUCUGGACAUUUUCAAUUGCCGUAGGAAUUUUUCCUUGAAAAACCAUUGGUUUUCUAGAAGAAACCGAACCACUUUGCCCCUUCUUUCGCUCUAGAUCUCCUACAUUUCAAACAUAGCAAGGAAAGAAAAACCACCAGCUGGGUCUGGUUAAUUAGCAAGUCAAUGAUCAAUAGAUCAUGCGAUUCAUGCCCCUCCCUCCUCCUCUAUUAAAUUAAGCAAAAGCAGACCGAGUCGAUUGUUCUUGCUCUUACUGCAAGAAAAGGACUUGGAAAACGCAAGUUGUCGGGCGUCCGGUGCUUAUAGAGAAAGUCUAAGAAAUUGUGUAUAUUGCAGCUUUAAAGCAAAGGCUGCCCUUUAUAUAUAUAUACAUAUAGGUACAAUCUCAAGUAUAGCACAAUAAAUUAAAUGUGCCUUUUUGUACAGUUUCGAAUGGUCAUGGGUUGUCGAUCUUUUCUAUUUCUAGUUCUAGGCUUUGUCCUUCAAUGGUGCUUUGUGUCUUGUCUUUAUCACCCGCUAGACCCUUUCAACUCUACAGAAAUAGACCAAAUAAGGACCAUAAUUCAAAAGUCUCAGCUUGGCUCACUUCCCAACCUAACCUAUCAUUCUGUUGAUCUUGAGGAGCCAGAAAAAGAAGAUGUCUUCAACUGGCUUUCUUCUAGUAAAGAAAGCAGCAGGCCUAGUCGUCGAGCCAAGGUGGUGGUUCGAGCCAGGGGUGAGACUCGUGAGCUCAUUUUAGAUUUGACAAAUGGCUCAAUCACAUCGGACCAGGUUUACAGCGGUCAUGGCUACCCUCCUCUCACUUUUCCUGAACUUUACCAAGCCAGCAAACUUCCUUUACAGUAUCCCAAAUUCAAGGAGUCAAUUCUCAGAAGGGGCUUGAAUGUGUCUGAAAUUUCCUGCGUGCCAUUUACAGUUGGUUGGUAUGGGGAAAGUGUUACAAAAAGAGCUCUUCGAGUUGCGUGCUUUUAUCGUGAAGGGUCUGUUAAUGUCUUUGUAAGGCCCAUUGAGGGCAUAACUUUGUUAGUUGAUGUUGAUGCCAUGAAAAUCACAAUGUACACUGAUAGAUUUACAGCACCCGUGCCUAAAGCUGAGGGCACCGACUUUCAAUCACCAAAUGGGGGGCCUAAUUCGACUACUUAUAACAAAACAAAACCUGGGUUCACCAUUGAUGGCCACCAGGUCAGAUGGGCUAAUUGGGUUUUUCAUGUAGGAUUCGAUGCUCGGGCUGGAGUUACCAUAUCAACAGCUUCAAUAUUUGAUGCCAAACAAAGGAAGUUUCGGCGCGUGCUGUAUAGAGGACAUGUGUCUGAGACAUUUGUGCCGUAUAUGGAUCCUACUGUUGAAUGGUAUUUUAGGACUUUCAUGGACGUUGGUGAAUUUGGGUUCGGGCGAGCAGCUGAUACCCUGCAGCCAUUGACUGAUUGCCCAGAAAACGCUGCAUAUAUUGAUGGGUUAAUGGUUGGGCCAGAUGGGCUGCCACAACAGGUACCGAGGGUAAUUUGCAUUUUUGAGCGACAUGGUGGAAAUGUAGCUUGGAGACAUACUGAAAUCAAUGUUCCUGGGAGACUGGUAAGAGGUGGGGAGGCGGAAAGUACUUUGGUGGUUAGAAUGAUAGCCACUGUGGGAAACUAUGAUUAUAUUCUUGAUUGGGAAUUCAAAAAGAGUGGCAGCAUCAAAGUUGGGGUGGAUUUGACAGGUAUACCAGAGAUGAAGGCCACACCACACACAAAUACCGGUCAAAUAACGGAAAAUGUGUACGGCACCUUAGUAGCAGAAAACACGGUGGCCGUCAACCACGACCACUUCCUCACAUACUAUCUAGAUCUUGACGUUGACGGUGACGGCAACUCCUUCGUCAAAGCGAAGUUACAAACGGCAAGAGCAGCGCAGUCAAACGCCACCUCACCAAGAAAAAGUUAUUGGACGGUGGUUACUGAAACAGCGAAAACUGAAGCGGACGCUAGGGUCCAGCUCGGCUUGGAGCCGGCGGAGCUGCUAGUAGUGAAUCCCAACAAGAAGACGAGGCUUGGGAAUAAUGUGGGUUACGUGCUGAUUAGUGGGAAGCCGGUUAAUUCUCUUUUAUCAGAUGAUGAUUACCCGCAGAUUAGAGCCGCUUAUACAAAGUAUCAAGUGUGGGUGACCGCCUAUAACAAGUCAGAGAGGUGGGCUGGAGGGUUCUACACGGAAGGGAGCCGAGGAGAUGAUGGGUUAGCCGUUUGGAGCCAGAGGAACAGAGCUAUUGACAACAAAGAUAUCGUUUUGUGGUACACGGUAGGGUUCCAUCACGCUCCAUGCCAAGAAGAUUUCCCAGUGAUGCCGACACUUCAUGGCGGAUUCGAGCUCCGGCCGGCAAAUUAUUUUGAAAGCAACCCUUUGCUUGAACAGAAGUGAUCUGACCGACCUAAUGUAUUUGGCCCUCAGGCAAAAUUUUAAAAUUUGGUCUUAUUUUUUUAAUAUUUAAAUAUUAAUUAAAUAAUAUUUAUUUUAGUAUG